AUGGUUUUAUUAGAUGAGUGUAAAAGACACGUUGACAAAGAUUUAGCUCCUAUCAAGGAUACAUGGUUUCAUCAAGGGGUCUCCAUUAUGUCAGAUGGCUGGAGUAAUGUAAAGCAUAUGCCACUAAUUAAUGUUCUUGUCGUGAAUAGUAGAGCUGCCAUGUUUUUUUAUGCCGACGACAUUUCUGGAGUUGAAAAAACUGGAGUUGCUAUUGCUAAAUAUUUGAUUAAAACCAUUGAAGAAAUCGGACCAUCUAAUGUUCUACAAGUGGUGACUGAUAAUGCUGCAAAUUGUAAAGCUGCUGGGAAGGAAAUACAAAAGGUAUAUAAGCAUAUUUUUUGGUCUCUUUGUGUUGUGCAUACUUUAAAUUUGAUUUUUAAAGACUUUGCUGAAUCAUUUGAAUGGCUGAGAAAUACAUAUAAACAAGGAAAGACUAUAGUUAAGUACAUUAUUAAUCAUAGUCAAGUUCUAGCUAUGUAUAGAGCAAAUUCAAAGCUUGAAUUGUUGAAGGUAGCAAAGACUAGAUUUGCAUCACAUUACAUUUUACUUAAGCGACUACUUAUGUGUAGAGAAGCACUUGCAACUACUGUUGUGUUGAACAGUUGGAAAGAAUGGAUUAAGCAAGGAGAUGAAAACACAAGAAAAAUAGGUGCUUUAGUUGCUGAAACUAUUGGUAGUGAUUUUUUUUGGGAAGAAGUUGAGCAUGUGGUUAAGAUAACAAAACCCAUUUAUCAUUUGAUUAAAUUUGCUGAUGGUGAAGGGCCAAAAAUGGGAGAAUUUUAUGAGAAAAUGGAUUCUAUGCUUGGGGAAAUACAAGAGAUUAUGAAAACAAAUAAAUAUGCAAAUUGUUAUUCUGAAAUGGAAACAAUUAUUACUGCAAGAUGGACCAAAAUGAAUUAUACCAUCCAUUGUUUAGGUUUUGCAUUAACCCCUAGAUUUUAUGAUACUCAUUAUCUUUCUACACCUGCCCCUGGAGGUAUAGCUAGAAAAGCUCCAAACCAAGAUAAGGAAGUAGUGACUGCAGUUAUGCAAGCUUUUGAAAAAAUAUCAAAAAAUGCGGAGGAACAAAAACUUCUAUGUGAUCAGUUUGCUAUAUUUCACACACAAAAAAAGGAAUAUAUGCAAUGUCUGUAG